AUGGCACCCCUAGUCACAAAGAAACCCGACAUCAAAUUCAAAGAAGACGAAUACGACGAGGACCUCGACGACGAAGAACUCGCCGCAAAACAAAUGAAAGCAUACUGCCUCAUGGUCGACCACACCGGGAAAAUAUCCCGUAUAUCCGGGCCCUUCGACCGCGCAAAGCUCAUCGAGGAACACGAAAUCGAACCCCGCGAUCUCCGGAAAAUCGAUACGGACGUACACAACAUCAUCCCCUCCAUCACCAUCCGACAUAAAAGCGUGAUCGUGAGCACACUCGCCCUACGAGCCCUCAUCAACGCAAAAGCAACAUACUUCUACGUCCCGGACGCGAGCCUACAGGAUGACAUUACACUACCAACCAUGGCAGCCGUAACCCAACCCCUCCAACUAAACCCCUCCGACACCACACCCCCCGAACUCCGCUCCCACACCUCCCGCACAAAACCAAAGAGAUCCCUCCUCCCCGAAACCCAAGAAAAAAUCCUCGAACGCCACGCAGAAGCAACAGAACUAGCCAACACAGCAUCCCGCCUCCUCCGCCGCCGCUGCCGUCGAAUCAUCUCCCACGGCGGUCCCGCGGGGUUACGUCCCAUGCCAAAAUCCGAAUUCGAGAUGUUGGCACUCGAGGCGACAUUAGUAAGCGUGAUGAAACUACUCGAGAGAAGCUUGGGGAAUCUGAGGCGGGAUAUGGAAGCGCUGAUUGAGGAUCUCGAGGAGGAUGUCGAUCCGGAGGGAUUGUUUAGCAUGUUGUCGAUGAGCAAACGCGUACUCGCUUUCAGCCGACGAACGAAACUCCUCCAAUCAGCCCUCGCGAACGUCCUCCACCGCGACCUCGCCCAAACCGCCUCCAAACACAAAUAUAAUGAGCUUUUCGACACCGAAGAAUCCCUCCGCCGCGCACAGCUUUUGAUCGAAACCUAUUUAAAACGCAUCGACGAAAUCGUCGAAGGCGCAGAAUCCCUAACAUCCGAAUCCCGCAACACAGAAACAAACGUAAACCUCGUCAUGGACACGAUGCGGAACAACCUCCUCGCGCUCGAUACCUCCAUCUCGAUCCUCACGCUCGCGAUAUCAUCCUCCGCACUCGUCGCAGGGUUGUUGGGGAUGAAUUUGACCAACUAUUGGGAGGGGAGUCAGGAUGCGUUUUUGUGGGCUUGUUCGGUUGCUGUUGCGUUAGUUGUAGGGAUUGGGAAGGGAGGGAUGGGGGUGUUGAGGGGGAUGAGUCGGGCGAGGUUGAUGAGGAGGUUGGGACAGGGCGUUAGGCAUUCGCGAAGGCAAAUGCUGGAUUAA